AUGGACAACUGGUACUCACACGGACGGCUUACGUGGCUCCUUGUUCAGAGGCGGCUUACAAAAAAGAAAUCCACAUUUCGGAAAAAAGACGUCAGUUCCCUACUUAACCCAGAACAACUGACACUGGGUUACACAUGCAAGCCUAAAAUGUGUGGCGAACUUAUUAAAGCCGGAACAAAUCAGAUGACAGAUGUCAGCGUCGUUAACAUCAAGGAGCAAGCAGACCGAAACUACAGAAAGAUGGUCGGAAUAGAAGCACUGGCCAACGGGAAGCGCGUCCGUCAGCAAAACGAGAAGUCGAACACUGUGCGAAUUUUUGGGCCCAAUACAAAACAAUCUUUCAUAAUCACCGGAGCCGAUAGAGCGAAAUUUGAGAAACAACGAUCAGUGAUCUAUGCGCUCAACGUGAUCAUGAAGGAGCAUGAAGAAGCUCAGUAUAGAGCAUGCAUGAAAGCUAAAGGAAUUCCACGGAACAACGAAGAAAGUGACUCCCAGUGAAACCAAGAGCUGUUGCUUCUAAAAGUGUACCGAAUUAGCCCAGGUGUAAAGUGAAUGAAAAAUAAAACAAGUACCUCGAACGUACCAA